AUGGGCCUAGUCGACUACUCCGACUCGGAAUCCGAGACCGAAUCUGUCCCACAGAAGCCGACUCCCGCUGCUGCAGCAUCGUCAGCGUCAAACCUUACAUCGAAGAAGCCAUUUCAGAAACUACUCAACCGUUCGUCCGGCGCCGGAAAAAUAGUCAUCAGCCUCUCAACAGCGGCAGAUGCGCCCGAUUCCAACGCCGAAGACGAGCAGCCCCCCGCGAAGCGCGUCAAGACAGCCGGAGGAAGCAGGUUCAGCAGUCUAGGCUCUUUUUUGCCACCACCCAAAAAGACCGCUGCCAUAGCGUCCGCUGCGGCCGAAAGUAGAUGGGGCACAGUGCCCGCGCCCGGGGUACAUCUGCGCACCGGCGCCGAGCCAGCGUUUGUUCGAGGUGGUAAUGAGGAAAAUGCAACAUCAGGCUUUGGGGACGAAGGAACGGCCUCGGCGUCGGGACUAAACCUCCCCGCGCCGAGCUCUAACGCCCGUGAUGGUCCCUCGAUACCAGAAGGCCAAAAGCCGGCAGAGGAGGUGAAACUCGUGGGCAAGCCGCUCAUGUUCAAGCCCCUCUCCGUGGCGAGGAAAAAGGCUCCGGCUAAGAACAAGAAGAAGGAUGGGCAUCCAGCAGCUCCCAGGCCAUCACCUGGUGCAGCCGCGCCCCAGAAUGGUGUUUCGACGGUCGCAACGGCAGAAGCAUCGGCAGAAGUGCCAAGUGCUGCAUCCCCGGCUCCCAAGAAGAAAAUCUCCCUCUUCUCCAUGGGCGAGGACGAGCCCGUCGCGACUACCACGACCGAGCAAUCCACAAGCGCCUACGAACCGCUUUUCACCACCUCCGAACAUCCAGAAGGAGACGAAAGCGACGUGACCUCAGCCUACCCAUCGUACGAACCCCAACAACCAACCGACCACUACCCACCACAACACCAACAAGAACCACCCCAAGACGACCCGCACUCGCUCGCCUCCUUAACCAGCAACCUCUCCCGCGCCGCGCGCCGCGAACUGUUCGGUCGUGAGCCCACAUCCGGCACUUCUUCUGCCAACUCCUCCUCCUUCCUACCCCCCAACGCCAAAGUCAUAUCCUUCAACAUGGAACGCGAAUACGCUCACAACGAAGCCUUCCGCACCUCUGACGCCGCCCAGGCGCAGGCGCACAACCCGGUGCGCUCGAUCGCCCCAGGCAAGCAUAGCCUGCGGCAGGUUGUCAACAUGGCGCAGAGUAAUCGGGAGGCGUUGGAGGAGAGUUUUGCGCGGGCCAAGAACAACCAGAGGGAUGCGGCUGGUCGGUAUGGGUGGUAG